ACCAUAAACCUAUACGGCUGCGAAACUAGUUUUAUAUUGGUGAGAUGUUAAUAAGGACAACGCCUACAAACGCUGUUCCUACACUUAGCAUUAUAAUUCAAAAGAGUUAAGUAAAUUUUUAACAAAAUUAAAAUGUCAACGUCGACGGUUACAGGACAGUCUCAAACGAGCCAAGGAACAUGCAUGAAGCUGCGGCUACUGAUUCGCAAGAACAUAAGUGUUUUAUUGGCUCAUCCACUAGGAACUGCUAUUGCCAUUUUAGCUCCUAUAUUGCUGUUUUUGUAUACACAGUUUGAUCAAAUAUUUCAUAGCAAGAGUGCAACUCAAGUUCACGCAAUCAGACAUCCGGCUAUCGAUAUAUAUGUACCAAAUGUAACUUCCAUUUUUUAUUCACCGAUCAACGAGAUUCUUGGGAGGGUUGUAGGCGAUGUGGCCACGAAUUUGGGAACGAAAAAUGUGCAGGCAUUCUUAGACGCAUCUGAAUUGGAAGCAGCGCUCAUAAAGCAAAAUGGCUUUGUGGGCAUUGAAUUCGACGAUUAUUUUAGCACCAUAAUGGAAAUACCAUCUACGGUCAAAGUUGCAAUACGGUUUCCAUGGCAUUUGCGCACAAGGAUUGGAUGGAAAUGGCCUAAGCGUCAGUACAGGCCACUAAUUGAAAGGAUGAGCAAAAGCUUAUAUGAUUUGGAAGGUUUUUUGAUUAUCCAAUCGAAGCUAAGCGAUGCAUUAAUUAAGAACAGAAACCGAAGCGCUCAUGUUCCUCAAGUCCAUAUGCAGCCGUUUCCCGAUAGGAUGCACAAGAAUUUCGAAUAUUUGCUUGACCCUUAUUCUACUCUCGUAAUGACCUUUGCGUUCUUAUUUAUGGCACCCUCCCUGAUUAUUGGGCAUCAAAUCGUUUCGGAGAAACAGAGACAUUUGAGGGAGAUAAUGCGAUUGAUGGGGCUCACCGUUGGCUUAAAUUGGCUGUCGUGGUUUAUAGUCGCCUGUUUAUUUAUAAGCAUACCGCUGAUGGUUUUCCUGAUACUGAUGAACUGGUGUUUGUGUCCCGGAUCCAACUUUAUGGUGCUGCUGACUAUAUUUUUUAUUUAUCUACUGACAUUAGUCUGUUUUAUCUUCGUAAUCACCGCCUUUGUGACCAGCACCGUAUUGACCAUGAGCUCCAUAUGUGUUUUGCACUGUGUUAGUUUCAUGCCAUAUUUAAUGUUGGGUAGUCAGCCGCGACAGGCACAGGCUAUAUUUAUCUGCUUGUUUAUGAACAGCGCAAUGCCUUUAAUAUUAGUGCAGAUCCUUGGCUAUGAAAUUCGUGGCUUGGGUGUCCAAUGGAACAAUUUAUUCACAACCAGUCAUCCCGAUGAUAUAAUGAGCAUUGGAUACAUAUUGCUGAUAAUGUUGGGCACCAACAUAUUGCGUAUCAUUUUCUGCUUGUAUGUGGAUCAGCUAAAUCCGGGUGAAUACGGUGUGGCCAAGAAAUGGUAUUUUCCAUUUAAGCGCAAGUUUUGGUGUCCUUGGGAGCGACCGGGGAGAGCAUUUGUGGAUGAAGAGCGAGCAAUUAGCCAUGUGAAACGACAAGAAACCGAUGCAUUUGAGGAGAUUUAUCACAAUAGGCCGGUUAUUAUGGAGGCACAGCAUUUAUGUAAGUCCUACGGCGACAUUGAGGCAGUGCGCGAUGUAAGUCUUAAAUUCCAUGAGGAUGAGAUAACCGUGCUGCUCGGACACAAUGGCGCCGGCAAAACUACAACAUUUAUGAUGCUUGCGGGUAUUACACUCCCGACCUCUGGCAGAGUUCUUGUUAAUGGUAACAACAUGGCCACGGCCACCCAAAAAGCUCGCCAGUCCUUAAGCUUUUGUCCGCAAUACAAUAUACUAUUCGAUGAGCUGAGCGCAUACUGGCACAUUGUAUUCUAUAGCCGACUAAAGGGGUUCGAGCGUUCGGAAGCCGAAGCGGAGGCGGAAAGAUAUCUGGAAAUAAUGGAUCUAAUGGACAAAUCGACAAUAAAAGUAGAAUACCUUAGUACUGGCAUGAGACGCAAAUUGUCGGUGUGCUGUGCCCUCUGCGCCAACACUAAGGUGGUACUUUGCGAUGAACCAACCGCUUGCCUGGAUCCAUCCGCGCGUCGUGAAGUUUGGAAUCUGUUGCGUAUGGAGAAAACUGGACGCUGCAUAGUUAUGAAUACGCAUUUUAUGGAAGCCGCGGAAGUAUUGGGUGAUCGUAUAGCGAUCAUGUGUGACGGCGAGUUGUACGGUUACGGGACAGCGGAAUUUAUUGUAAAUAAUCUUGGCCCAGGAUAUCGUCUAGUCUGUGUGACUCUAGAGGACUGCGAUGAGCCCGAGGUCACAAAUUUUCUUCGGAAUCAUAUCAAUGCUGUGGAGCUGGAGAGUGUUACUGACACAGAACUAACCUACCGUCUGCCCGUUGAAAGUGUACAUAAAUUUACUAACCUCUUUAGGGCAAUGGAGAGUAAGCUGGCAAAAUUGAAAAUUUCCAGUUUUGGAGUCAGUGCACCAACACUGGGUGAGACUUUUAUGAAGAUUGGCAAUGCAAAAAUUGGAAGUGCGCGAACGUUGGAGUCCAUGAAAUUGACAAACGCUUGGGUGUCACACCCCAUCGAGAACCAGGAGUUAAGUGCAUCGAAGAGACGGUUAAACGACUGGCAUGGUAUGAUGAUAAAGAAGGUUCUAUUCACAUGGAAUCAUCCGCUGCUGUUUUCCUUUAUUAUAUUGCUGCCGUUGUUUGGAUUACUGAUGCUCGCUCUGUUUGAUAUAAUUUACAGUACAGAUAUCCCACAUGUGGUUAAUCCUACUAAAUUAUCGGCGUAUCCGGACCCAUUGGUCGUACACGAAUGGCUAGUCACCGGCAUCCAAGAUGGAUCUGAAAUAUUUUAUGAUAACAGCAAAAUGAUCGCAGAUGAAUAUGAGAGAAUAGCCAUGGAAGCAGGUGCCACAGUACAUUCACUAACGCAAAUUAGCGUUGGCAACUACUUAUUGAACCAUCUUGAUUUGAACAAGGAAGGGUUCACGGAAACCUAUGUGGCAGCCACCACAUAUCGCGAUGGCUCUGUUACGGCCUGGUUUAAUCGGCGCUUAGAGCACGGAGCGCCACUCUCACUCGGUCUAAUCUACAAUGCGAUCGCACGUGUCCUGGGUAAACUGGACAUAGUUAUAACCAAUAAGCCACGUCCCGACUCGAAAUCAAACGUCUAUAAGCCCGACAAGGAGCUCAGUUCAAGGAGGCGUACUACUUUUAUGCUAAUGUAUCUGAGUUUUGUCCUUUCAACGUUUAUCCUGUUGCCCGUCUUAGAGAAAGCGACACAGAUGAAAGAGCAACAGUUCAUUAACGGCAUCGGCUUUUGGACUUAUUGGCUGUCCCAUCUGAUUUGGGACUUUUUAUUAUUUAUAUUGAUAAUAAUUUCCAUACUAUUGUCACUUUAUAGACUACCAGGUCAAGUGCUGUACAUGCUGGCGAUCCUUCUAUUUUUCUUUGGCCUGUCCGCACUGACAUUCACCUAUCUGUUUACAUAUUUUUUCAAUGAAGCCGGCAGCGGAAUGUCCUAUAUGCUGAUCAUUAACUGCUGUAUCGUUUUUUUGGCUGUCUUUACAAACUCGCACCAGCAUAAGGAGAGCUUGGUAUAUUUACAUUAUGUACUUAUGGUCCUGCCUUUAUAUGUCAUGUACACUGCCACCCUAAAGGUACUCAGACGCGGCAGAUCGGAAAAUUGCGAAUUAAUGGAAGUGGGUUAUGUUUGUAACUUAAACCACACUUGCUGCGAAGAGAAAAAGGUCGUGAUUUACCCUUACAUCAUUGUAUUGAUAGUUACUGCAAUAUUAUUUUUUAUGCUCCUCCUGCUGGCAUCCAAAAUUCGUCCUUUGAGAUAUGCGAUCAAGCGACAUCCCAAGGGUUGUACGACACGGGACGAUGCUGAUGAUGUAAAAAAUGCGAGCAAUGAAGUCGAUGACGUUCUUAACGAUAAAAAUAAACUAAAGGCUCACAGUUUAGUGUGUAGCCGUGCCACAAAAAAAUAUCGUCGCCUGGUGGCAGUCAAUUGCGUGUCCCUUAAGAUCAGUCCAUAUGAAUGCUUCGGUUUGCUGGGACUGAACGGUGCAGGCAAGACGAGCACCAUAGACAUGAUUGUGGGAAAUCAUAUGAUAUCCCAGGGCGAAAUCUACGUUAAGGAAUUCAGUGUUAAGAGUCAGAUAAAACAAUGUUUCCAGCAUAUCGGCUUCUGUCCGCAAAACAAUACGAUGCUCAGCUAUAUGACCGGUCGACAGAUGUUGCGAUUUACCUGCCUGACCAGUGGCAUGAAGAAAAAGUUUAUUAAAGUGACCAUCGGCCAUCUGGCCGCGAGUUUUGUGCUGAGUAAACAUCUCGAUCAAAAGACCAAGCACUACAGCGCCGGUACCAAAAGGAAGCUCAACAUCGCCAUGGCCGUGCUGGCCCGCACCCUUGUUUGCCUGGAUGAGCCGACCACGGGCGUGGAUAUUAUCGCCAAGCAGGAAAUCUGGCUGGUACUGAGUGAUAUGCGCGAAUUGGGCAGAUCUCUGUUUCUUACCUCACACAACAUGCAGGAAUGCGAGGCGCUCUGCUCCUGCCUUGCCAUCCUGGUCAAUGGCACCCUGCGCUGCUAUGGUUCGGUGCAGCAACUGAAGAAUCGCUAUAACAAGGGCGUCUCAAUCAAAAUCCAAUUGGCCACCAACGAGGAACUGGCACAACGCAGUUUUAUAUCCGAUUGGACAGACAGUGGCAGUCAACGGAUUCAGAGAUCAUCGGUGACUAAAGAAUUUGAAACCGAUGUGGACCGAUUACCAACGCCGGCUGAAGAAUCUGAGUCAAAUUCGAGAGGCCCAUCUAUGUCGGUCAGCAUAAGUGAUGAGGAUCCCAAUACCAAAGGUACACAGGCUAAAUUAAAAAAAAGGAAAAGAAUAGAAACCAAGAUAAUAUCGCCGCCAAAAGAAGCGAAUUCGCCCAGUCACGAAUCGCCAAAAAGGACGACAACCAUUCCACGAGUAACAAUUACGUCGGCAUCAGGAAAAUCGUCCACGUCGUCUAGGCGAAUAGAAUCAUGGAGAUUGGGCUCACAGGUCUAUAAUUAUAGCGAUGCCGAAGAAUAUUAUGGAUUAAUCAAAAAUGUGGAGGAAAAGUUUAAAGAGGAUUUUCCCGACAGCUAUGUAUUAGAAAAAUACGUUUAUCGUGGCAUGGUGACUAUUGUAAUACCCGACAACGAACUGAAAUAUUCCAAUAUAUUUACGUAUAUGGAACAGCACCGAGUCUUACUGCAAAUAAAACACUUUGCAAUCAGCCAGACCUCGCUUGAGGAUAUUUUUAUGGAGUUUGCGCAUCAAGAGGAAGCUGAAUAAUACAUAUAUUUGUAUGUACAGAUCGAUGGUGCAAGACAAAACUAAAUUAUCCAAUGAUCCGCAUUGUGCAUUUGUAAGAACAAAAAAUAAUAUUGUUUAACUCGUUGCCCGCUUCACACGUACAUGAGCGCAAGUUCUCAGAAGAUUGCCAAACUUACAUUCAUGUACGUUUGAUGGUGAAUAAUGAUAAAC